GGGCGAGGGUACUUCCCGUGGGCUCCUUUGCUACAGCUCGUAUUUGCCAACCUCCCUUAGCGGAGGCUCUUCACGGGGUGGAAUUGGUUGCAUUUGAUCCUCCCCUUGACGUCUGCAGCGGCAUCUUUUUUGGAAUGAUUUGUUCGUCAAAGAUUCCUGUUGCUUAAAAUAAAGUCCCUUGGCGUCGACAGGUUCAUUCCUCUACUGGAGCCAUGGCUUUGGGAACCGUCCCACUACUGAAACGUUGCUUGUGGCUUGGCCUCGCCCAUCAUUUUAUUGUGGCCUCUGCAUGCCAUGAAUCUUAUGGAGAAUUAAUUGAGGACUUUUGUCUCAGCAAAUUUAAAUUUGACAUGGAAACUCUCAGGAAGACACUGUGGUGUGAUUGGGAUAAGACUUUGGACUGUUACAGGGAGCUUACCAAUUGCACCAUCUUGAUAGCUGAGAAACUGAAUUGCUACUGGCCAAACCAACUGGUGGAUCAGUUCUUCAUAACAAUUCAUAGGCACUACUUCAAAACCUGCCCUGUUUCAGGAAGGGCCCUAGGAGACCCUCCUAACAUCAUUUUAUGUCCAUUUGUUCUUGUGCCAAUUUUUAUCACCCUACUCAUUAUAGCAUUGGUAGUAUGGCAAAGCAAAUACAGUGAAGGCAUUAUUUAAACUACUUCUAUACCAAAGGUCCAAGACAACAUUGGUGAAGAUGAACCCCAAGGUUUCCAACCCCAAGCUGCACUGAAGUCUGUUUUGCUGUUGCUUUGGUAGAGUUCUGGAGUAUUUUUAGAGACUGUGUAUAAUAGAAAACUUUCUGCUAUCUAGAGAAAAAAAACCUGUAUGCAUUUUCUUGAGUUAACAAAUAUUUUGCUUAAGUCAAGAGAAUGCAUUGAGAAAUUGUUCUCGCUGUCUGAACUGAUAUUAAUAAUAUUACAGACAUGUUUGCAGUAUUGCUGCUUCAAUCUUCAAAUUUAAGCUUCUCUUUCCUGGUUCCUUCAAUACAUUUUUAUUAUCCUUGGUAAUUACACACUUCUCUUUGACUUAUGCAUUAUUUUUUUAGAUAAAGUAAUUUUGAAAAAAAUGUUUGUGAUGCAUCAACACCUGUGUACCAUAGGAAUGAUGUCAAUGAUGAGAUAAGAAACCAUUUCAAUUUAUUUGGUUGGUUAAAAUAAUUGAAAACCAAUAUAUAUUGUUCAUUGCAUUAAGUUUCUUGGCUGAAAAAUUAACUUAGGAACAAUAUUUUUAGUAAAUCCUAAUUCAUUCAAAUAUUAUUGUUUCUUGGGCAUGUUACUGUUUUAUCAUACAUUUUGAAUGAGCAAAUGUUCACUAUAAAUAUUUUUAUACGGACAUUAAUUAGUGCAGACAUUUAUAUACAGGACAAAUCUUCCUCAGAUUAUUGACAAAAUAUUCAAGUUAGCAAUAUAUCAUUCUGAAGAAAUGCUUUCUGAGAAAAAUUAUAAUAAAUAAAAUAAAUAGUAUAAAUAUUAAAAGAAAAAAAUCUAGAUUUCUAAUAAAAGCUAUGACACUAAGAAAUUUAAUAGUAAAGUAGUAAAUUUAUUAAUAAAGAAAUGCUUGGAUUUGCUAUACAACAUUGGUGGCAAAAGCUAAUUUCUGGUUACUGUCAGUAAAAUUUUCUACUCUUAGGACAAGAACAUCUACAUAUUGGUUCACAGCUGUUGUCUGUUCCAUGUGUGCAUGUGAGAGACUAUGAGCUAGAGACUGAAAAUAUACUAUAAGCUACAAAUAAAUAAUGUUUGAACUAUUAAACCCAAUGAAAAC